AUGAUGACUGAAGACGACAAUAUCUAUGCAAGUAAAAAGAAGAAGGAGGGCAACCAAUCUGGAGACAAGAAUCAACAUGAAAAUGAAGAACAAAACACAGGACUACGAACGAAUACGAAGAAGAAACGUCCUGGAUACGUAAAGGAACAGGAACAAACUAAAUCAACGACAGGAGCAUACAAAGACUCUGAUGUGAUAUAA